AGAGAGAGAGAGAACAAGCGAAUGAGAGCAGAGACUCGUCACCGUCGCGUUGCACUGUUCCACCGGGUUGUACUUGAACGGGAGAGAGCGGCUUGGCAGGUUUAUACACAUCAAAACAGAACAAAGAGAGAGAGAGGAGGCUGCACAAGAAAAGCGGAGAAGAAAGGGUGAAUAUAUCGGCGGCGAGUGAAUUACAAAAGAACCGAGGGAGCCCGCAAUUUUUUUUUUCUUCCCGCAUCCCAAGGUGGAACCUAAACUGGAACUUUGUAAUAUUGUGGAGGAUUUUUCGUGGGUUGUUGUUUUUCUUUUCGCAACGUUUUGUGAGCCGCUACUAAAGUUUGUUCGGGACAGCCUUUUUUGUUUUUUUUUCGCUCCCCCCCGACUGUAUAUUUACAUUUUAAUGUCGAGAACAACCAUUCCGGUGCGAAACUUUCUAAACGGACUGCACAUGGUUUCAAAGGGCUUCUGAGACCAAAAAAUUGGAAUUGUGUUCGCCAGCAUCCGUGCCCAAAGCCAUGCAGUAAAUACAGACAUUACGGAUCUAACCAUUUUCCAGAGUUUUAACCUUUUUACUGCGUUCUUACGCACGUCCAUGUUAUUUGCCAACAACGACCCCUUUCUAAGCCUGAAUAAUUCAUGAGAUAUCAUUUUCGCUGCUUGAAAGAAGAAGCAGAAGUGUGCACGGGAGGGGGGUCCUCCACUAACAUAUUCAUCCGGGCUGACGGUAUGGCCACCGCGGCUUCCAACCCCUACCUGCCCGCAAACAGCCUUCUGUCGCCCGGCUCCAUCGUGCACUCUGACUCGGGGAGCUCCGCGGUGACUUCUGGGUCCGGGGGUGGCGGCUACCGGGGGGACCCCUCCGUCAAGAUGGUCCAGAGUGACUUCAUGGCCGCGAGCAACGGGGGACACAUGCUGAGCCACGCGCACCAGUGGGUGACGUCCCUCCCGCACGCCGCGGCUGCCGCAGCUGCAGCCGCCGUAGCCGCCGCUGAAGCCGCGUCGCCCUGGUCCUCGAGCCCCGUGGGCAUGACCGGAAGUCCGCAGCAGCAGGACGGGAAAAACGGCAGCCGGGACGACUUGCACACGGGCACCGCGCUGCACCACAGACCCCCGCCGCACCUUGGCGCGCACCAGAGCCACGCCGCGGCGUGGGGCAGUGCGCUGUCCGGCGGCGGGCAGCAACAGCAGCAGCCGCUGCUCUACUCGCAGCAGGCCGGCGGCUUUACCGUCAACGGGAUGCUGAGCGCAGGGGCGCAGAGCCUCGUGCACGCCGGCCUGGUGCGCGGGGACACCCCGGACCUGGACCACGGCGGCGGCAACCACCAACACCACCAGCACCACCACGCGCACCACCAGCACGCGCAUCAGCAGCAGCAGCACCACGCGCACGCACAGCAGCAACAACAACAACAGCAGCAGCAGCACGCGCAUCACCUAAGCAGCCACGAGGUGCACUCGGACGAGGACACGCCGACCUCGGACGACCUGGAGCAGUUCGCCAAGCAGUUCAAGCAGCGGCGCAUCAAGCUGGGCUUCACGCAGGCCGACGUGGGCCUCGCGCUGGGCACGCUGUACGGCAACGUCUUCUCCCAGACCACCAUCUGCCGCUUCGAGGCGCUGCAGCUGAGCUUCAAGAACAUGUGCAAGCUGAAGCCCCUGCUGAACAAGUGGCUCGAGGAAGCCGACUCCACCACGGGCAGCCCCACGAGCAUCGACAAGAUCGCCGCGCAGGGCCGCAAGCGGAAGAAGCGCACGUCCAUCGAGGUGAGCGUGAAGGGCGCGCUGGAGAGCCACUUCCUGAAGUGUCCCAAGCCCUCGGCGCAGGAGAUCACGUCGCUCGCGGACAACCUGCAGCUGGAGAAGGAGGUGGUGCGCGUGUGGUUCUGCAACAGGCGGCAAAAGGAGAAGCGCAUGACGCCGCCAGGGGUGCCCCAGACGCCGGAGGAUGUGUACUCUCAGGGACAUUUUUUAGUAGAUUACUUAAAAGACGAGGCGGGGGACCAGCGGGUGACAUCCACCAGUUCCUUCCACCAGGUAAUUUUGGCGCAUUGAUCACACAAAAGAAGAAAAUCCAGUGGUGUUUUUAUUUUAUUUUAUUUUUGUGCACCCCCUCUUCCUCCCCCACCUCCUCCUCCACCAACUCCUGCUCCUCUUCUUCCCCCCGAAAAAUAUUAUUCUUCUCCUUUCUCCUAUUCUUCUUGUUCAUCAUCCUCCCCCGAUUGUUUCCUCUGUUUUCUGAUUUUUUGCAAAAAAGUGGACGGAGGAGCACGUUUGUAUGUAGAAAAUGGGACUGAGACAUGAACUCUGGGGCAAGGAGCAGAGCGAAGGACAGUGGUAUCCACUAAACUUCACACGGGCAUUUUCCUUGUACUCUUUUGUUGCCGUGGACGGACCUCACUCGGGUUGAGUUUUACUUUUGCUUUUUGGACACGAUGGAAGUGACAUUUCCCACCGGGGGGGGGGCUUUCUCCCUCCGAGACCCGCUACCGAGUCCUGAUCUCAAAGAUCACUUUUUAUUUUUAUUUUUUCUUCUAUUGCUGUUUUCAUUUAAGGGACUUUACUCACCACGAAUGGGAUUUUUCCUUUAACACGAGAAAAGACUUUGGGGAAAAAAAGACUUUCUUCGGCUGCACUUAUUUUGAACAAAAAAAAAACCUCCCUCGACUGCUUUUCUCCAGCAGGAUCUUUUGGUAGGUUUUGAAUAAACAUGACUCUGUACAAGCGGCAAUAUCGAUCACUCGAUCAGGAACUGAUCACACUUAUUUCCACUUAUAUUUUUCAACCCCCAAUGACUCAUUUUUUUCAUAUUUUAUGCGGAAUACAUAUGAAUAAUUCCAAUCGGUAAUUUAUUAUUUUUCCACUCUUUGAGAACUUGUGUAAGAUGCUUUGCUUUAGCUCGUUUUGGUUGUUGACUUUUAGCUCACUUGUUUUGUUUUGGGUUUUUAAUUCUGGGUGUUCUCCUUUCUCAAAGAGCACAAUUCACCCUGAGCGGACAUUGACCGUGGUUAGGUAAUAAUAAGGAUAUAUUUUGAUGUGAUAAUUUGAUUGUAAUUUAAUUUCAGUAGUGAUUCCGUAUGAGCUCAUUGAGAACAAUAAAUUUGUUAGAAUUGAAUGAA